AUGAGUGGGCCCCCCGUCUUCACCACUCCGGACGGCGGCAACUCCCCCAUGUACGAUGUCGGGGAGCCAGCCCCUCCAUGUUUUUGGGAGACCUCGUGGUUCCAGGCGAGUGACGGCGACUUGGAGUUCGCGCAGUGGCUGCUGAGUCGCUGCACGAGCACGGGAGAGAUGAUGACGCUGGAAUCGGUGGAGGCCAUUCGUCGGCUGCGUAUUCUGUUCCGGAUGAAAGAACGACUUCAACUCGAGUUCGUUCGGAGCACGGAGCGUCAACAGCCUACAGCUGAAAUGUCAUUGGGGAGUGUGCUAGAACCUGCACUAGCCGGUGAUGUCCUGGACGCUGCCACGAAGCUACUGCUCAGUCGCUCUACUGUCGACAAAGAAGAGCUACUCCGACGGUGGAUGGCUGUUCUAACGGGGCAGGAUAAGGACGAACCGGACCUGAAGAAGGCGAUCGGACACCACGAGCAAAUAGCUUAUCGGCAGGAGGAAUUGCAUCAUCUUGUUGCACGUCUAGAGAUCGACCCAGCGGAGGAGCAGCGGCGGCGGCGGAGUGUAGCGGACGAGCUGGAGUCUGUUCUACGACAAGAAAACGCGUUGAAGCAGAGUGAAGUGGAGCUGUUUGGAAGUUCGCAACCGUUGUACGGCUCGAAAGAUGCAGACAUUGACCUGUGCAUCUUCCCGAUGGAAAUGCUCACGCAGGUGCAAUCAAGCGUUCAAAGUCUCUCCCAGGAUUUUUACGACGCAGUUUACGCCGCAGACUGGUCUGCCAUGUACACCCCUCACUGCUCCGCGAUGUAUGCCGACAACGCGUACAAGAUCGAGUUCUUCUUCAAUGCUUCAGGACGCAUUGGGGGCAGAGCUAUCGCAACUGCCACAGCCAAGCUCGCCACCUAUCCCUACAGCAUCAAAAAGCAGCGAUCAGCGUCACCAACACGCUUUCUAUCAAAUUCAAGGCGUACUUCGAAUUACGAGGUUCUCGAAGUGAUCUCCCGCACUCGUGUGCCAAUCAUCCGGUUCCGAAGCUCGUGCAGCGAGUACGAAUACGAGUGCGACCUGUCGGUUGGAAACGUGAUCGCAACGUGCAAUACGAAGCUUCUGCGGGCUUAUGCCAGUUUCGACAUUCGUGCACGUCAACUGGGUAUUGCUGUCAAGUACUGGGCCAAAAAGCGCGGCAUCAGCGACGCGUCCGUGGGGUUCCUCAGCUCCUACUCAUACGUGCUGCUCAGCAUUUACUACGUGCAAGUGGUCCACGUGCUUCCAAACCUGCAAGAUCCGGACCUCCUGGACUCUGCCAAAGUCCCAGCGAAAUACUACAACGGGGUCAAUAUCGCCUUCUGCGAGGACGCAGACAUCGCUCGAGAGUUUUACCAGCGGCGUGGAUUUGAUACGGAUGCUUCACUACAGAGCCUGCUCGUGGGUUUCUUCAAUUUCUUCGCAACGCACUUCAACUUUUCCCAUUGCUUCGUUGCCGUGCGAUCUCCGACCACACCGAAGCUAAAAAGACACUGGGCAAGCUGCGGCCAUCGGUCGAUUAGUAUCCAAGACCCAUUGGAAACCACGCGCGAUCUUGGAGGCGUGCUCAAGCGCCACAACCAACAAAAAGUCAUCCACGAGUUCCGUCGUGCGUUUGGAAAGUUGAGCUCCGGCGAACGCAGUCGGAGCUACCGACUAGCAAUUGGAUUAGAAUUCUUUGAGAUCCAAGAAAUCUGA